AUGAGGAACUUGACAUAAUUUCUAGUCUUGAGUUUGAAUAGUCUCUCUGCUCUAUAGGUGUAUAUAAACCAACACACCAGGCUUUAAUAAUAGUUUUGAACUGUUAUUUAAAAAUAUGGCAUUGGCUUUUAGUCAAUGUUCACUUAUAGGCUAGCUUUAUCAGUGAUUCAUCAUUUGGGAACGUUUUUAUGUCUUUUGUUGUUAGUUUCACUUUCAAAAGGGGCCUACAUCCUGUAUUGUGCCAUUCUAUGCUCAAAUCAAUGCCUCCAUUUACGGAAAGGAAAGAGGAACAAGACCUUCACCCAAUUAUUAAAACCACUUCCAUAUUCAAACCACUUCGCUUGCGAGUCUUGUAUGUUGUUGAAUAAGUGGACAAUAGACAAAUAUAUUCUGUUAAACCAGUCACCACAAGAGUGAGUCUCCCCAGUCCCCACGAUGGCGGUGGGGCCAUGCAGUAUAGCACUUCAGGAGCGUCGUGUGCAACUGGUGGAGAGCUGGAGCCAAAAUGUCACCCACCUCCAGGAGCUUCUUUACCAGGUAGGGGCUCUUACUGAGGAGGACCUCAGCCUGGUGAGAGGGGGAGGUCGCCUGGGGGUGAGGGACUGCAUGAGGAAUCUGCUGGAUGUGUUACAUGGGCGUGGAGAGGAAGCCUGUCGAGCCUUCUUUCAUGUACUACAGUCACAGAGAGCCAACAAGGAGUCUGAGUCUACGGGGGAAGCUAUCCCCCCUGAGGGCUCUGGACCCAGCAGCAUUGGCUCUGGUCCAACCAACAUGCAGGAGUACUUGAGGAAACAUAAGGGCGUAUUAGGCAGGCAGCACAGUCCCAUUGAUUACCUUAGUAUCAGGACUGGUAGGUGUAUUAGCUCAGAGAGUGGUGAUGAGCCUGGUUCCUUUACAGAUAUCACGUUGUCCAGGUGCGUGGGCUACACUGUUCCCCUGCAGUACCACCAGCACGAGGCAGCCAUGGUGGGUGACGCCUUCCGGAGCCAGGACCAGGUCUGUACCUUUCAAGAUGUCUACCAGAGGCUGCUGUCUGUUCCAGGAGAGGACGUGACUCUGCUCUCAGGGGUGGCCGGCAGUGGGAAGACCACUGUGGUGAGACGGCUGGUUCAUGAGUGGGCCCGGGACUCUGAAUCCCAGAAGAUAGUCCUGUCCCUAUCCUUCAGAGAGCUCAAUCUGCUCAGUGAGCCUCAGACCCUGCACAAGCUUCUCCUGGUGCACUACAGCCACCUCAAACCUGUUCUGGCCCGGGUCAUUGACUCCCAGCCUGGCCGGAUCCUGCUCAUCUUGGAUGGACUCGAUGAGUUCCGCUUCCCCCUGGACUUUGAGCGGAGCCCCAAGUGCUCGGACCCGGAGCGGACGCUGGGCAUGGGGGAGAUGGUGGUGAACCUGAUUAAGGGUCACCUCCUCCCCGGUAUCUCCAUCCUGGUCACAUCACGGCCCCACGCCAUCUCCAAGGUCCCUACACUGCUGGUGACCCAGCUCUACAGCGUCCUGGGCUUCUCCAAAGACCAGCAGAGGCACUACUUUGAGCAGAGCUGCAGCUCUCCCCUGGUGGCUUCUGCUGUAUGGGGCUACGUUUCCUCCUACCAGCCCCUCCAGCUCAUGUGUCGAAUACCAGCCUUCUGCUGGAUCGUCUCCACUGCCCUGCGUGAUGGAGCCACCUGCUGCCUUAGCCAAGUCACCACCACCACUCUGCCCAGUACAGCUAGGACAACGCAAGCAGGCUCCAGUGAUACUUCCACCACCAACAACAGCCAUGUCAAGCCCAUCACCAUCACAGCGAUCUACUGCUGCUUCCUCAAGUCCAUCCUGGUGUUCCACGGAGAGGGCCGCAGUCAGGAAGGCUGCAGCCCGCAGCGUCUCCAGGAGGCCCCACGGGUCCUACAGGAGAUGCGGCCCACGCUGAGAGACCUGGGAGCCCUGGCCUUCAAGGGCCUGUUGGAGCGACGCUUCCUCUUCGACCAGGCUGAUCUGAGCUCUUUCUCCCUGGACUGCAGCGAGCUGUCCAAGACCUUCCUGGUGGAGAUCCUCCGAGAGGACCGGGCCUCGCUCACCUACCAGAGGAGCUUCCACUUCCUCCACACUAGUGUACAGGAGUUCCUGGCUGCUCUGUACUACGUCCUGCAGGCCCUCUCUGGCUCAGACCCGUUCUCAGGGCUCAAGUCAGCCGUUGGUGUAGCCCUGUUUCCAGUCGCCCUGCACAAAGUGUUAACCUCCACUGCUAAUAAGCUACUGAGACCCAGACGGCUCCUGCGCAGAUACGUCAAGAAGGCUUUCUCCUGGGGUGGACACCAUCAGUCUGGUCACAUGGACCUCUUCUGCAGAUUUGUAUCUGGCCUAUUGGUACCUCAAACACGUGUCAUCCUGGAUGGACUAUUCCGAGGCAGAUCACAAAUACUCCCAUCUCCCUCCUCCUCCUCUCUGUCCCUUUCCUCUCCUCCUCCUCCUCCUCCUCCCACCCCUCCCUUUCUCCUGAGCCUGCUCCACUCCCAGCUCCAAUGUGGCAGACUGAGUCCAGAGAGGCAGGUCAACGUGUGCCACUGCCUGUACGAGGCCCAGGACCCAGGCCUGGCUGAGCGUCUACAAGGCUGGCUGCAGGUCCUGGCCCAGCAACAGGUCCCAGACCAGUCUGGCCCAGCCAAGAGGGACUGGAGCGAGCUGGCCUUCCUGCUGCAGCUGAUCCCAGACCUGCAGGAUCUGAAUCUGGAGGCCCAGGGGCUGGAUGCAGAUGGCCUGCGCAGACUGCUGCCUGUACUCCCUCUCUUCAGCACCCUCAGGCUAGGGCAGAAUCCACUGGGUCCAGAGGGGGCAGUUGUGUUAGCCUGUGCCGUGCAGAGCCCAGACUGCCGUGUCGAGAGACUGUGGGUGGUGGGGACAGGAUUGGGUUGUGAGGGACUCAAGGUGCUUACAGAAGGACUGAAAGACAACCACACAGUGGUCGACCUCAGAAUGGCCAUCAAUCACAUUGGCGAUGUGGGAGCGGGCUGUCUGGCGGAUCUACUGCGGACCAAUCAUACACUUAAAGAUAUCAGGCUCCGUGACAACCAGAUUACUGAUAAGGGAUUAGAACUCCUCAUGGAAGCACUGACUGAGAAUACCACUCUGGAACAUCUCUGGAUGUUUGACAACAAGUUAUCAAAGGAGGGAGUCAGGAAGCUGAAGGAGUUCGCCAGGAGCACAUCUCAUCUGGACAUCAAAGUGUGCAUCUGAUUUCAUCUGCAUUUCCUAUUGCUGACGAUAGCCUCCAAGUACUUUAUCAUUGGUGGAUGGUGUCAUAUGGUACUUUUGCACAUAUACAUGGUAUGAAAGAUGUUAUUAGUAUUUCAUUUUUAUUUUUGUUCAAACAACUAAGAGUUUACAUUUGGUUGUCAGGUUGUAAUAGGUCAGUGAAUGUAGCCAUAGGUCAAUGAAAUCGUCUGCAAUAGGUCUACACGUUUUUCCAAUAGUUUGCAUUCUUAUGUUGUGUCAGAAACGCCUCCAAGUAAAGAAGAGCUUAAACGUUUAAACAGCACUUCCAUGUAUGGCCAGCAGAGAGCAAUAGACAUGCACACACAUUACCUAGUGGAAGGCUAGGGUCAUAGACUACUAUGUGCAAAUUAGAUGAUCAUGUUCCCUCUCUAACAAAGUUGGUAGCCUACUAAAUUGCACUACCUAAAAUGAAUAUUGAAAUGUAUGAAGUUCAGGGUGAAAAAAUGAAGUUGCGAGUAUUAAUUUAUUCUACCAUUAGAUGUCACCCUCAAAUCAACUUUUCUGCAGUGUUUUGUUGUCUGGUCCAUGGGGCCAUGCCAUUAUCCUUUGUUUCUCAUUUCCAUAGAAAACGAAAAUAUUUGAAGUUACCCACUCUUUGUUUUAUUUAAUGAGGGACAGUGCUACUAUUACAUCUAAUUCUAUAUUUUCUCACCUGUGAAGGUAGAAACUCAUAUUCCCAUUGUUAUGCACUUUGGAAAAAGUUUGUCCAAAAAAGAAACUCAACCAUAAUCAAGUUUGCUGUUUUUGUUUUAUCUUUAAAUAGACUAGGCAAUGUACAAACCUCGAAAUGUAAUUGAAAAUAAAACAAUGCGUGCACCGGU